ACGCAGACUCGCACUAUGGGCCAAAUUUGGGCAUCGAUUCGAGAUGUUUAUUGUCAGCAUCCAAUGUUAUUACCUGAAGCCGCUGUCAAUCUUCUUGACAAUACUGUAGCCGAUUCACCAAACCUGUCAACUAGAAUACAAUGGAACCUCACCAACACUGUUUCUUCUAUUCCGACGCUUUACCUCUUUACCAAGACUAGUCGGCUAGGUAGGACAAAUGCCUUACGACCUGACUAUUUUAGACGACACGCCAAAACAAUCAAUAGACAUAUGGAUCGCGUGCGUUCAAGAGGAGGCAAAUAUUUUCCCGAAACCGAGACCAAAUGGGGUACUGGUCCUCGUCAGCUGAUUUGGUUAAUAAUUGAAGAUGGAGAACAAAUCGCACCUGAAGUUGAAACUGUGUUUCGUGCAAGUGAAAUACCUUUUAUUUAUCUAGCUUAUGGUAGUACACAUCGAUAUGGAAACGCUCAACAGAACGCUGCUUAUGCUCUCAUACAUCGUCUCUCACGAUCGGUUUAUGGUCAUGGCCCAAUUGUUUCUAUCGAUGAUGAUGGAAAUCUUUUACCUGAUCUC